CUCAAACUUCACUCGUUUAUUGACCACCAGGUUUCCUAUCAUACCCAUCGUCACUCGUUCAUCAUCACUCCAACAUGCGUCCAACAUCCCUCUUCGCGCUCCUCCUGAGCACCAUCACCAUCACCACUUCAGCCAACGCCGCCACACCGGCCUACUCCAUCGUCGAGCCCACGCAAGGUGCCAUCGUCUCCAUCGGCACCGCAACAGUCAUCGAAUGGAACACGACGGAAUCCAGCUCCUCCAAAGUAUCCUUCUUCCUCGAAACCACCACCAACUCCACCGACCUCUUCACCAUCGCCUCCAACAUCUCCAACUCCGGCUCCAUCUCCUGGUCCCCUCCCUCCAGCAUCACAACGGGCACCGACUACAUCGUGGUCCUCCAGCCUUCCGACGACUCCUCCACAUCCUACAAAUCCCCCGCCUUCACCAUCUCCGCCUCCAACGCCUCCACAACCUACUACCCCACCGAAGGCGAGGAGGUCAAGACCGGCGAAACCACCAUCAUCACCUGGAAAGUCGAUAGUAAUGUUACCCACGUUAGCAUUUAUCUCAUGGAAGGGUCGGGGACGUCGGAUUUGAAGAAUGUUACGACCAUUACGACGGAUAUUGCGAACUCGGGGGAUGUGGCGUGUGUGCUUUCGAAUAGUGUGGCGUCGGGGGAUGAUUAUAAGUUUGCCAUUGUGGAUGUGAAGGAUGAGAGUAGUGUGAAGUAUUCGGAUACUUUUACGGUGGUUAAUGAGAAGGCGUCGUCGUCGAGUAAGGCGGGGAGUACGACUUCGUCGUCGAGUACCACUUCUUCUUCCGGGUCGGGGGAGACGUCAACUGAGACUGCGACUUCGGGGGCUUCUAGCGUUUGGAAGCCUUUGGGGUGGAUGGGUGCGCUGUUGGUGGUUCCGUUGCUGUUUUGAUAAUUGGUCGUUAGAUUUGUUGCAGAUGGAUGGUAGGAAGUGUGGAGCUAGUAUCCUAUCGCGUUGCUUUCAGAUCAUUGUCUUUGGAAGAAUGUUGAGUGUAUAUAGAGGUUGCUAUAUGUUAGCCAAUUCGAAAUGAGUCGACUGUCUACGACCCAGACACA